GUUUUUCUUCCGUAGCUCUAUUACCAACGAUGAACGAUGAGGAACGCACUCACUACGUACAUUAGCCGUUUUUUAAAAUAGAGCUGAAUUGAGGUUACAUUACUCGUUCUAUUUUGUUAUUUGUGAAGUGUGUUCUUGUUAUUUAAGGGUAAAAUUACAACUUGGUAACAAUACAACAACAUUGACUGUUAUCAAGCCACUGUGAUAUGAUUGAGAGGUUAAACGUUGCUAGGACAAGACUAAACGCAAUGAACUCCUUCCCGUCUUCAAGUCAAGACCAUCGUGAAAGUACACCCUUAUUGGGAACAAAUAAUGACCCGACGUUUGCUCGGCAUUUCUCAUUUACGAAUAUGCUGCUUGUGACUCGCUCUGUACUUUUUUCAAAUUACCUGAAUAUCCUUCUUGUUUUUGUUCCCCUAGGUUUAAUUUGGGGUUGGAUGCAAUGGAGCGUUAAACUUAUUUUCCUGUUUAACAUGCUCGCCAUCGUUCCCUUAGCUUCCCUCUUGAGUUUUGCUACAGAACAGCUAUCUGCUAUUGCUGGUCCUACUAUUGGCGGUUUGUUGAAUGCUACUUUUGGAAAUGCCAUUGAACUUAUUGUGGGUAUUUUGGCUUUAAAGGAAGGUGAAUUGCGUGUUGUUCAAGCUUCUCUGCUUGGUAGCAUUCUCUCUAACCUUCUUCUUGUUCUUGGCAUGUGUUUAGUUGCUGGAGGCAUCAAGCAGCAAAUUUCAAAGUUUAAUGUUACCGUUGCCCAAACAAUGAUGGCCAUGCUGGCCCUCUCUACGGCGACUUUGCUUAUUCCCGCAGCUUUCCAUUUGACUGUCCCUCAAAAUGCUCACAAUGAAGAUGCGUUGAUCACUCUUUCUAGAGGAACAAGUGUUCUUGUGCUUAUUGUCUACAUUUUGCUUCUCGUUUUCCAACUUCGUACGCAUCGUGAUGUGUGCAAUGAUCCCGUAGCCGCAUUUGAGGAGCCCGAAGAGCCACCUAUGUUGGGCAUCAAGGCAGCAUGUGCAAUGCUUGCCAUUGUUACUGUCGUUGUCUCAUUGUGCGCAGACCAACUUGUUAGUUCAAUUGAUGACCUUACAAAGGAGGUCAAUAUCUCUAAAACUUUUGUGGGUUUGAUCAUUCUGCCUAUCGUUGGAAAUGCAGCCGAACAUGUGACAGCUGUUAUUGUUUCUUUACGUGGCCAGAUGGAUUUGGCAUUGGGCGUCGCCAUUGGAUCUAGCCUUCAGAUCGCUCUCUUUUUGGCUCCCUUUUUGGUGCUGGUUGGUGCCUUUAUAUCGCAACCCCUCACCCUUUAUUUUGAGGCCUUUGAAACUGUCAUUCUUUUUGUUUCUGUUCUUCUUGUGAAUUAUUUGAUUCAAGAUGGUUCCUCCCAUUGGUUGGAAGGCGUGCAAUUGCUUGCUCUCUACGGCAUCAUUGUUCUUGCCUUCUUCUUAUAUCCAGAUGGAUCUGCUUGAAGUUUAUUUUUAUCACCGUUUGUAUGAAUUGUAAUGGAUGAAUCCAUUUUUUGAAAGCCAUUUGCAAUUACAGUAAGUAGUUUUUCCGUUCUUUUAAUUGAAGAGGACUUUAUGAAUGAAACACUUUCCGUCUUCUUAUGCUUUAUCAUUUUUGUUAGUCAUUGUGUAUAUUUUGUAUUGUCUUUGUCUCAACUUCCUUUCCAUAAAUUACCGCGACGUUUGAUAUCUUGCAUUUCAGCAACCGCCUAUUAAUAAUUCUUGCA